AAAGAGUCGAACUUCCCUUAACGGUUAAAAUCCGACCCGGAAGUAUAUAUGCGGUCACACGUACUACAUGCUUGUUUAGUACACAAUCAUAAGGAAAACAAUAUCAAAGAUCGCUGUUUUCGGGCAAAUAAUGACACCUGCUGUCAUCAACCUCUGAGGGUGUACAAGAAUGUCAGGGAUUAUGUUGAACCUGGUUUGUGAGCCUAGUCAAGGAGGGAAAUCAGGUAAAUCCAGAGGAAAUGCCAAGCACAAACGUUUCCUGGGAAGGAGACAUUACCUGGAGCACAAGGGUUUGUUAAAAGAGAAACAAAAUAAAAAGCAAAACAACAUGCAGAGAAAUAAAAACAAGUCAAGAAACACGCAGCUCAAUGGCGGUGAUCAAUCAAAACCAGGUCCUAUUUUUCCUAAAUUUACCUGUUAUCUUCCUAAUAAGACAAAUGAGCCUUCUAGUUCUGCACAGACAUUUUCAUUUCCAUCCACUGCCUCCACAUCUCAGAGGCAUCCGACUCACAAAGCAUCCCCCCGCACUCUCGGACCUUUGAAAUGCGUAGCAUUGGACUGUGAGAUGGUGGGCACAGGACCGAAGGGGUGUCGCAAUGAACUAGCCCGCUGUAGUAUCGUCACCUACGAAGGAGAUGUGAUUUAUGAUAAAUAUAUCAAACCCAUCAAUCCUGUGACGGAUUUCCGCACUCGCUGGAGUGGAAUCAGGAGGCAGGACCUACUCCAUGCCAUACCCUUUGAUCAGGCACAGAAAGAGAUUUUGAAGAUAAUAACAGGGAAAGUGGUUGUGGGCCAUGCCAUCCAUAAUGACUUCAAGGUUUUAAAAUAUUUCCAUCCUGCUUGCCAAACACGAGAUACGGCACGGAUUCCACUGCUAAACCAGAAAGCUGGACUGCCUGUUAAUGAAAUGGUGUCUCUGAAGAAGCUCACUAAGGCUAUUCUCAAAAAGGACAUUCAGACAGGGAAGGGAGGCCACUCAUCAGUAGAAGAUGCCAAAGCCACCAUGGAACUGUUCAAAGUAGUGGAAAGCAUGGGAGCAAGAACUCUCAGCUCUCAGCCUUUCAGCUAAAGCAAUGGAUAUAGCUCUGAAUCAAAAAACAUAAAAGCUUUUUGAAAAAUA